AGCGACGGACGUCAUCCAGUCAGGUGAACCACCAGAUCGGGCCUCGAAAAUGGCCGGCGGAUCACGACACCUGACAGCUGUGUAAAACAAGUUCAAAUGUAUCACCAGAACCGGUGCCCCCCGCAAUUGGGCCUUAUUGAAAGAAAUUUAUCAUGGGUUGUAGCCCCCCGGAUCAGUUCAUUAUAGUAACAGCUACCGAAAAACGUUUCUUACGAUAUGCUAUCUUUCGAGAGUGUAUACAGACUAGAUAAGUGAAAGAUUUGCUAAUUCUACUUUGAAUUCAAACACUGGUGUGCCCGUGCGACGGCUACCGUGAUGAGUGCCAAGAUACAGGCAGCUCUAGCUAAACGCCGGGAGGCCGAACAGAUCAAGUUCCAGCAGUCGGCCGCUGUCGAGCGGUAUUACGAUCAAUGGAGUCGCAUAACAUCGCGAUUUGACUCAUGGAACUCUCCACAGUUCUAUCGACAGGCCGCAGAUGCCGCCCGGCAGCGAGAGGAAGCUGAAAAGCAGGAAACCGUUAAUAAUGAGCGACGAGAGAAACUGAGAGCACAGCUACAACAGGAAAAGGAUGAUUUCCAGCGAGAGAUUAAGGAAAAAUGUCGACCUAAGCCAAAACCAAUUCCAACGGAUCUUCUGGAAGGAGUACGCACUCGAUUGAACGACGCUGAAGAGGCGAAGCGGCGCAUGGAUCUGGAGGCUCGGCUUUAUACCAAAUGGCGCAUGGGCUACGAUCGGGACGCCGUGAUACUGGAAUCGAAAAACUCCAAUCAAGCCAUGGCUAAACUCAACUGGCUGGAUCGCCAGGUUGAAUUACAGCUCCAGAAUGAAAAAGAACGGAAAGAAAAUCAAGAACGGGAGAUUCGCCUACACGAGGAAGCUCGACGUCACGAAGAAAUGCUGCUGGAAAAGAACAAAUUAAGAGAGCAGCAGAUUAAAGAGCUCAGAAAGCACCAGGAAGUUUACAUGGAAGAGCUAAAAUCCAGGGAACAUGAAAUGAAUGAACUGCGAAUGUAUGAAAUGCGAUUGCAUACCAAAAAGACAGAAUUCGAAAAAGAGCUUGAGCAGCUCCGAGUGUACAACGACCGACGACGUGAUCGUGUCGUAGCUAUGCACAAUCUAAGGCGGAUCAAAAUGCUACUUCGAGAACGAUCGGAAGCGGUUCGCACUGAUCUCAAGCACGACCUGCAUCUUUUACAGAGGAUAGCCAUUGAUAACCCAGAAUCAAACGAGAGCAUUGAUUACCUGCGGAAGAAAUUCCAACUGCAAUACGAUUUGGAGGUAGAACAACAAACUGCUAUCGAAACUAUGUAUGAAUCGGAAGCAAAGCAUAAUUUAUCAAAGUGGGAGGAUAAGUGGAAUGAAGAAGCAAUGAUUAGAGAACAACAGUUGAGAUGUUUGCUGGAAGAUCGUAUCCUUGAAUUUGAGAAUAAAUUAGUUGAUAACAUGCAGCGCCAGCGUGAUCUGAUCGACGUGCGUGAAACCCACAUCAAAUCUAUUGAAACUGCAAACCAACAACUGAAGGAGCUUAUGAAUGAGAAGGCCAAGGACACGACAGUGGUUGGUUCGUCAAAUCAAAUUCGUGAGUUGUUGGUACAAAAGGACAACGGUGUAAAUGUUAGCGACAAUACGCGGUCAACACAAAACUCUCAUCGAAGCUCCACGUUCAGCAGUAUUUUUCCUUUUGACGAUUUGAGUUUGCGGGAUAUGAAACUGUGUGAACGAAAGUCAAUUGAUAUGGAAGGUGACUCAUCAUCCACUUUAGCAGCACCGAAAUUUGGACGAAAAAAGGUGGCCUGGUGCUAACGACUGUUUCCAGAAUUUUGUACCAUACGAGAGAACAUGAUAAUUUUUAAUAAUUUCAAACUAACAAGCAUAACUCCAAAAAUAAAUAAUGUGUUCUAGAAAUCAAAUCAACAAAUGCCUAAAUUGGCAUCGAGACUUCACUAAAUAUUAUCAAGUUUUUAUUAGGAUAAUAAUAAACGAAGAAUAACGACAGGCCCCAGACGCAGGCUUCAAAAAUAA